UUUGACGCCUGCUUUAUUGGAGUGAGUACGGUAACUCCGGCGAUUCGUCAUGAUUAUGAGACCCACAUGCGAAAUACAUUCAGUUGUUUGCCAGCAUCAUUUGGAGAUACAUCAAAACUUCCUCCUCCGCUCAGAGGGCCAUGAAGCUCUUACUUUUAUUAUCCAUUCUCUUGGCACUGUUCGUCUGCUUCCAGGCAGCGGAAGCUAGGGAUAAUCGGGAUCGGCGAGAUAGAAGAGAAAUCGGUGAUUACCCUGACGUAGAAGAGGAGGGAGCCGAUGAGGAUGAUGAUGAAGAAGAAGCAAAUGAUGAUACAGAUGACGAUCAGGGAAAUGAUAGCGACACACGAAAUAAUCCCUGCGAUAGUAAGUCGUGUAAAAGAGGUGAGGAAUGUUAUUUAGACAAAGGAAAUAAAGCCAGAUGUCGCUGUUUUCAACAGUGUACCCCUGAGCCUGACCCUAGGUACAUGGUGUGCAGCAACAAGAAUCUGACCUUUGACAGCGAGUGUCACAUGGACAGGGAGGUGUGCUGGUGUAGACGUAAACAGCCUCAGUGUGGAAACCCCCAGUUCAAGAAUCUCCGACUGGAUUACUACGGGGAGUGCAAAAAAAUAACGCCAUGCGAGGAUUUCGAAAUGGAACAAUUCCCGAUACGUAUGUCAAACUGGCUUUUCAAAGUGAUGGAGGAAUUGGGCAGAAGACAUGAACUUGAGGAGGAUUACAUAGAAAUGUUGAAAUCUGCGGAGAAAGACGCAGAGCAUGUGGACGCCGUCAUUUGGAAAUUCUGUGACCUUGACAUCCAUCCACAAGAUCGAUUUGUAACUCGACGUGAGAUGUUGUUUGUCAUUGCCACUGUCAAACCCAUGGAACACUGUUUGGCGCCAUUCCUGGAUCUCUGUGACGCCAACAAAGACAGGAAAAUCAGUCUAUACGAAUGGGGGUCAUGCCUUGGAAUUAAACAGGGCGAGAUACAGGACAAAUGUAAAGCUGUUCACAAGAAAAACAGAAGAAGGCGAUAAGUUGAACGACCUUAAAGAAUGGAAUUAAAUUGCAGGCUAACUUAUUUAAAGCAAUAUUGCACAUUGUGAUUAACUCAUUUUAUGGUGCAGGAGUGUCAACGAUAAAAAAGGCAUAGUUGACAUAUAAUGAGUACUUUAUAUAUUCCAGUCGUGCAGUGGGGUUGUUGAGGUUUUUUUCUAUUGUAAGGAUACGCUAAAAUGUGUUAAACUUUAAUUCCAGUCGAUAGAUAGGUUUUGCUUUCAGAUCUUUCAGCGAAAAUAUUUUCUUAUUGCAAAGAAAUCAUUAAUGUUCCUGUUUUUAUCUUUUACUUGAUAUGUAAUGUAUAGCUAACUUGUAAUGUAAACGUCAAUAAAAUCUAUAACUUAU